UCUAAGGCCUCUUCUCUGACUUUGAUAAUGCAUCAUUCAAACGCUGCCGAACGCUUCUCAGUCACCAACCAAGGAACCAGUGUGGCUUCAGCAGUUCCAUCAAUGUUAUCUUCGAUUCAACCAUUGUCUUCACCCAAAUGUUCUUUUAUGCACCUCUCUCCGGGCACUUUAACUAACACACCUACACGUCUUCACUACUCCAUGCCAUCUUGCCAUUAUGGGAGCCAACAAUCUGCAUAUGGGGUGAUGGCAGAUGGGUUGGCUCCAUGCUUGUACAAACUGCCUGACCACACGCUGAGUACGUCCUCGUGUCCUCUGGGACAUGGAUUUGCCCCGAUUCAUCAGUCGGUCCUAAGCGAAGAAUCCAUUGUCAUCGACCUCAAGCAGGAGUUCCGAAAAAAGAAUAAAGCAAUUGAGGAGCCAGUUAGUCUGGAUUCUCCAGAAAUCAAAGAGUUGGAGCUGUUUGCGAAUCAAUUUAAAGUGAGAAGAAUAAAGCUAGGUUAUACUCAAACAAAUGUCGGUGAGGCUCUUGCUGCUGUGCAUGGCUCCGAGUUUAGUCAAACAACUAUUUGUCGCUUUGAAAAUUUACAGCUCAGUUUUAAAAAUGCUUGUAAGCUUAAAUCAAUCCUUUCCAAGUGGAUAGAUGAAGCAGAACAAGCAGGAGCUUUAAAUAAUGAAAGGACUGGAACAAAUGAAAGAAAAAGAAAGCGAAGAACUACAAUCAGCCUGCUUGCUAAAGAAGCGCUGGAGACACAUUUCGGACAUCAAAAUAAACCUUCCUCACAGGAGAUCAUACAGAUGGCAGAUAGUCUAAAUCUGGAAAAAGAAGUUGUCAGAGUUUGGUUCUGUAACCGCCGGCAGAGAGAGAAACGAGUGAAGACAAACCUGCAUCACAAUUCAUUUCAGUAUCCUUUCAAAGAACAUCACGAUUGCAGAUAG